CACUCCAUAGGUAAGAUGAUGAAAUUCUGCUUUGUGGUUAAACAUUUGCCUUGGUUCUGCUCUGGGAAUUCCUCACACAGCAUGUGGCUAAGCUAUGGAACUCCCCGCCUCAGGACACUGUGCAUGCAAAAAGUUUACACAGGUUUAAAAGGCAAGUGGAUAAACUACUUGAGGCAAAAUCUGUGAAAACCUAUUAAAUACAUAGGCAGCACUUCUGGUGCAGGAAAAUUGCAGUCUCUGUGUCUAUCUCUUCUCUUACUCACAGUCACUAUGUUCUUGCCCUGUUUUAUUACUUUUUCCGAGUCACCUGCUGCUGGCCGUAUCAGAAAGAAAAAUAGCAUUCGAGAUGGCUCCUUAGACUCAUCUUCUGCAACAGUUUGUACAUUCCUGUGCAAGGGAAAUUUCAGACUGAAAGUAAUUUGUAGCAGCACAAACACAGUUUUCAGUGUGGAAAUCCUUGAUUGGAAGACAAAGAAACAGCUAUGCUUCCUAGAUAAGGUGGAACCAAAUGCCACAAUUAGGGAGAUCAGAUUGAUGUUCCAUAAAUUAUAUCCUCGGUGGUAUCCAGCCAGGCAGUCGAUAAAACUUGAUCCAAAAGGAAAGUCCCUGAGGGAUGAGGAAAUCCUGCAGCACCUCCCUGUUGGCACAACCGCUACCUUAUACUUUAAAGAUUUAGGGCCACAGAUAGGAUGGACUACGGUAUUUUUGAUAGAAUAUACAGGUCCAUUGUUCAUCUAUUUUCUGUUUUAUUUCCGCAUGCCUUUUGUCUAUGGACUGGAUGAGAGGUUUACAUCAAGCCCGCAUCCAGUAGUUAACUUGGCAUGUAUCUGCCAUUCUUUCCACUACAUCAAAAGGUUGAUUGAAACAGUAUUUGUUCAUCGGUUCUCCCAUGGGACUAUGCCACUGAGGAAUAUUGUGAAGAACUGCUUGUAUUACUGGGGAUUUGCAGCUUGGCUUGCUUAUUACAUCAAUCAUCCUCUUUAUACUCCUCCUUCUUAUGGGAAAAAACAGAUAAAUUUUGCUGUGAUCAUGUUUCUGCUGUGUGAAGCUGGAAAUUUUUCCAUUCAUGUUGCACUCAGUGACCUCCGGAGAAAUGGAUCCAAAACCCGUAAGAUCCCAUAUCCAACAAAGAAUCCUUUCACAUGGCUGUUUUUCUUUGUAUCUUGCCCUAACUAUACAUAUGAGGUGGGGACCUGGAUCAGUUUCACUAUCAUGACUCAGUGUGUUCCAGUGGGGCUGUUCACCUUGCUUUGUUUCAUUCAGAUGACAAUCUGGGCAAAGGAUAAACACUGCACCUACCUACGAGAAUUCAAGGAUUAUCCAAGUCUUCGAAUGCCAAUUAUUCCCUUUUUGUUGUAAAAAAAAAAAAAAAGGCUUAAUUUGAACAUUGCACAGAACAUCUAGAAGAAAACCUCAUAAACCUCCUGCCAAAUAAUUGAAUUAAUUUAAACAUGGAGCAUGUUGAAUCUCCACUGCUGAGGGAAACUGUAUGCACUUGAAAGCUACACUUCCUUACGUUCAAGAAUUCUCAACUCAGAAGCACCUUUAAAAAAUAAGGCUUCAUUGCACAACUGGUAGUCGAAAGCCCCUACAGUUCACUGUAACCUGAUUGACCUAGAUUUUCCUGUACUAGUCUAUUUAGAUUGAUGGAUCAGAGAUACAGAGAUGUAUGUGCUGAAAAGCAGCUCCAAAUUUAGCAGUGGCAUUCUGCAAGGCAUAAGUACAUUGGAACGAGGACACAGCAGCUAACUACUAGAGAGCUCAGCUCAGCCAGCACGGCCAGCUGGCCUGAAGGCAGUUGCAUGAUCUGCCUUCUUUGACUUGAAGAAGAGUGUGUGCUGCCUGGAGGCAGGUGCUUUGUAACAAAUAACAUUACCAAAGAAUACGAAUGGUUCCUGGAAUAAAGAAAUAGGCAAUAUCUCAAAUACCUGAUUUGGGUCUAACCCCUGAUUUGCCAAAAGAAUCUGAAGUAAGAGGUAUUUGUAGUAUUUGUGGAUGUAACAUCCUGCGUUGUUGGGCUGUUUGUUUGUUUUUAGACUUUUUUUUUAGUAAAUUGCAUACUAGUAAAUAAGGUUCAGAAAAUCUGAUCUAUGUUGUAUCUGUGAUAUUUGGCCUGUUUUCAUAUAGCAAGUCCUUAUGAUACUAAAGGACCUUUUACCUAGCAUUUUAUGUCAGCAUUCUCUGAAUAAUUUUUAAUACGCUUUGUAAAUACAUGAAGUAACUGAUAGUCAUCAGAAUGCUAGCUCCCUUCCUAUUUUCAGAGCCAGGGAGAAAACAUUUUGGACUUCCUGUGUUUUCUUUUUCACAAGAUGUUCAGUGGAACUUAGUUGGGUUUUGUGCAAAUCUAGUAAAAAAGACUAUUGCAAUCUAUCUGAAUGACAUUUUAAAGAAGCUAUUUUAGAAUAUGAAGAGAAUGCAUAGAUACUGGUUUGUUUCAU